AUGAAAUCCAACAACAUCUAUGUGCACUUCAAACUCCUUUGUCUAGCUUUGCUUGUCUUCAUUGAACUGACUGCUGGAGCUGAACAGGAGGUGUCAGUCACCAUUGGAAAUGUUGCCUCACUUAGCUGCAUAAUCUCAGAGCAACUUCCAUUUGACCGUCCUGUGAGCUGGUAUUGGACACCACUGUAUCCAGAAUGCAGUGGUUCCAAUGGUGGAAAGGUUCUGGACAUUUAUCCUGAUGGGCGAGCCAUAUAUGAGGAACAGUUCAAAGGGCGAGUGCUUGUAUACCGAUCAAAAAUAAAGAAGGGUGAUUAUUCAAUCACACUAAGGGGAAUAAAGAUACCGGAUUCAGGAGCGUUCAUCUGCACCCAUGAUUACCUUUCUGAGGAGAAAAAAAUGAGGCUAGUAGUGAAGCCAGGAUGCUGGUCAAACCUCCAACUUACAGUGAACCCACCUGUCGCGUCAAUUGGAGAUAAAGUUACACUGACAUGCACAUACUGUGGACCGAAAGUGCUGACACCCCGAAUAAAAUGGCUGUAUGAUGGAUUGUCUAUAUCGGACACUGGGGCUGUAAGCAUCAGCAAUGACGGCCAGUCUCUUGUUAUUUCGCGUGUGGAUCAGGAGCAUCUGAAGAAGUAUGGAUGUAGUUUGGCCAAAAAGGAAUCAAUAGUUUCUGAAAUAUGCCUGGACAUAGACCUUGAUUUUCUUGAUACCACAAUGCUUCCUGGAGAUUAUGAUUACCCAGCCAGUACAUCCAUUCCUUUUAUUACUUCGGAAUCAACAUCUACAUUGACCACCCAAGAAACUACCACACAAGCGAUAACAACAUACGAGAUCACAAAUGCCUCACAGAUGAUGUGGAACGAUGUAGAAUGGAUGCAGGGCACAUCCCCUAAGACCACUAGUCUAAGAACUGAAAGUUAUCCCACCACAAUACGAUCGACAAUAAAAACGGAUGAAACUUCUGAUCCAUGGAAUGAAGACUUGAAUCAAGAUCAGCUGGAGUCAGCUGGAAGAGACUGUCCAGUUGUGGUAACAAAUGGUGGUCCAAGUCACCUUCCCACAUAUAUGUGCAUCAUCCUCAGUGGAAUUCUGCUACUUUUAAUCAUCAUGCUCCUUAUCCAGCGCUUCAAAGGAUACUGCAAACAUGGGACCCAUGACCUGGAACACAAUGCAAGUGAUCCAGUCAACCGUGAUUCCUCAAGAGAUGGAAUGCCACCUGAUACUCAAGAUCAAUGUCUUGUCGAGACAGAAAAUGAAGAUGGUGUCACUGGGAUGGCUGCAGAAGGCAUUAAUGGAGAAAUGAAUGAACCCAAAGGUGAAGAUGAAGAUAUAACAGAAGCAGAGGUGAAAGAAGUUGAUGUCCGUGACUCCAGUCAUACAAACGAAUCAGAAGAUGUGAACUCUCAAGAUGAAGACCAAGAAUGA